AUGUUGAACCCUGUUAUUUUAUCUGUAGGGGUUGCUGCAAUGGCAGUGUUUUAUUACUUUCAAAGUAGAAAUGCAUCAGUACCAUUCCAAAUAGAGAAAAUUCUUUUGCAAUCAUUUAAAGAUUAUAAAAAAAAUGGGUGGCCUUACGACGUAUAUGGUCCAAUCUCACAUAGCCACCGUAAUAUGCCUAGAUCUGGUCAACCAUUAGGUUGGAUAAUCGUCGAUACCAUUGAUACUUUAAUGUUAGGUUACAACUAUACCACCAAUAAAAGUAAUAAGAAAGAAUUUUUAGAACAAAUACAAUUUGUUGAAAAUUGGGUUGAAAAUGAUUUGGAUUAUAAUAUGGAUUCUGAGGUCAAUAUUUUUGAAACUACAAUCAGAAUGCUAGGUGGAUUACUCUCAGGAUAUUAUCUUUCAACUGAUCUUAAUAUUGGUAACCCAGAGGUUUACUUGAAUAAGGCCAUAGAUUUAGCAGAUCGGUUAUCCCUAUCCUUUGCAAAUUCUCCGUCAGGAAUUCCUUAUUCCAGUGUAAACUUGAGAACUGGUGAAGCGAUUAAAAACCACGUCGACAACGGUGCUUCAUCCACGGCAGAAUUUACUACAUUGCAAUUGGAAUUCAAAUAUUUAGCAUCGAUUACAGGCAACAAGACUUAUUGGAAACUUGCAGAGCAAGUUUAUGAACCACUUUAUAAAGUCAACAAUAUUUUAGAACAAUAUGAUGGUUUAGUACCAAUUUAUACUUUACCAGACACAGCUCAAUUCUGGGGAAGAAAUAUCAGAUUUGGCUCAAGAGGUGAUUCUUUUUAUGAAUACCUAUUGAAGCAAUAUCUGUUAACUCAUGAAGGUAUUUAUUACGAUUUAUAUCGUGCUGCUAUCAACGGUAUGAAGAAACAUCUAGUAAAAGAGUCUUUCCCAUCAGGACUAACUUAUAUUGCUGAAAAACCAAACGGUUUAGAAUAUCAAGCUUCUUCAAAGAUGGAUCAUCUAGUAUGUUUCAUGGGUGGUCUCCUGGCAAUGGGUGCUACUGAAGGCCACACAAUUAAAACUGCGCGUAAUAUGAACUUCUGGGAUGAAGAUAGAGAGGACGAUUGGUUGUUGGCUAUGAAAUUGACGCAUACAUGCUAUCAAAUGUAUCAUCAAUUACCUGCAGGCCUUUCACCUGAAAUCGUUGUCUUCAAUUACCCUGAGGAGCAAAGAAAUGAAUUUGAAGAAAUAACCCAGUUAGAUCGUCAAAAUUGGUGGAACUCACCAUCAGGAGAUUUUUUCGUGAAGCCUUUGGAUGGUCAUAAUCUACAAAGACCUGAGACGGUAGAAUCUAUCAUGUUCAUGUACCAUCUAUCUAAUGAUACUACAUACCGUGAAUGGGGUGAAGAAAUUCUUAAUAAUUUUGCUGAACAUACUGCUAUCAAAGGUAAUGGUAUAGUAGAAGCUUAUACAUCAUUGAAUGAUUGUCUACAUGUCCCGACUGGUAAAAAAGACAACAUGGAAAGUUUCUGGCUUGCCGAAACAUUGAAAUACUUGUAUUUACUUUUCCAGGAUGAUAUUGAUCUCACAGAAAUUGUAUUCAAUACUGAAGCGCAUCCAUUCCCUGUCUUAGAAAUUGCUGAUAUGGAAAAAUCCAAUUUGACCACUGGUUGGGGACUCAAAUAG